AUGGGGAAGUGUAAUUUCGAGAUUAACAACAGUCGAGACUGUCCGAAGGUCACAAAAGUGGAAAAAUCGAUUUCCCUUCCUGAUAUUCAUGAACACAAAAGGGUCGCAGUAACUCUCAGUGAAGGUUCGCUAUCAUUUCCUCAUCGCCUUAUUUACGAAGAUACCAUUGGAGUUUUGGAUGAAAACAAACGACUUAAAGCGGAAUUAUUUAACAUAAAGUUACAAUUGCUUUCGGUGAAAAAAAAAUUUCCGCCAAUGUUUGAUAAGGAAGGCAAUAACAUAACUGAAAAAUAUGUAGCAACACUAAUCGAAUUGAACAAUGAGAAGAUUCGACGACUAAAAUUGGAGAAAUUAUGCCAAUCAAAAGAGAAAAAACUCAAUGAACAGCGAUUACAGCUUGGAUGUGAAAAGAAUGUUCGCGAGAAGGAACGUCAGAAGCUUCUUAUGAAGAUGAAAGGACUUGAAAUUAAAUUAAAAGAGAUUAAUAAGCAGUUGAAUGAAGAUGAUGGUGAUAGUGAGUGA